AUGGAUAGGUCAGAUUUGGACUAUAAACUCCAGCUGGCUUGUGUCUCUGGAAUGUACCUCUUUUACCGAGGAAUCUGCCUUUCCUUAGAACCUGCCCCAAAGAUGGUAGUAUUUUGUCUCCAUGGCUUGCUUGCAACUGCCGGUGCCUGGGUUUCCAAUCCUCCUGACAACAGCCUGGCCUUCAUCUUAACUGAUGCUGGAUAUAAUGUGUGGUUGGGAAACAGUAGAGGAAGUAUGGCAAAGAAACAUGUGACCCUAAAUCCAGAUUCUAAAGAAUUCUGUGAUUUUAGUUUUGAUGAAAUGAUAACAUAUGACCUUUCGGCCACCAUUAAUUUCAUUCUGGAGAAAACAGGACAAAAGCAGAUUUACUAUAUUGGCCAUUCUCAAGGAACCCUGAUUGCUAUUGGGGCAUUUGCGACAAAUCAAGUGCUGGCUGAAAAGAUUAAAUUCAACAUUUUUCUGGCUCCAGUCUAUAGUGUUCAAAAUACCAAAGGUUCUGGACACCUUGGAUCUUACCUCCCUCCGACGACUAUCAAGUUUCUUUUUGGUGAAAAAGAAUUUUUACCUACAGUAAUUUUCAGUAAGCUGGGUGGAUAUGCAUGCCAUAUUAACUUGGUCAAUGCAGGAUGUGCUGCGGUAAUAGGAUCGAUAGGUGGAUAUUCUCCAGAGCAGCUAAAUAUGAGCUGCAUUGAUGUGUAUGUAAGGCUCAAUCUAGCAGAAACAUCAGUAAAAAUUUUAAUACAUUAUGGGCAGGUGACUAGAAGUGGUGUACUUUGGGCUUAUGAUUGGGGAAGUCCAUCUCUGAAUAUGCAACACUACAAUCAAAUUACUCCUCCAAUAUACAAUGUAGAAGACAUGAAGUUUCCAACUGCCAUGUUUACUGGUUUAAAAGAUUUUUUGUCCGACCCGGAAGAUGUUGCAAUUGUGAAACCCCAAAUCUCCAACCUCACAUACCAUAAGACUAUUCCUGAUUUUAGUCAUUUUGAUUUUAUACUCAGAUUAAAUGCUAGGGAAGAGGUUUCCGAGGAAGUUUUAACAAUGCCUAGGAAAUAUGAUGGUGACACUCAGCUUUAG